AAGAAGUUUUGAACAGUGUUGGAUAAACGAGCGCAGUGUGAAAUAAAGGGCACUUUGGGCUAUACGGAAAUACAGUGAAAAUCCACUGGCACACAGAAAUUUCGGGCGACUUGAUGAAUAGCUGGCCUCUUUUCUCCAUCAUGCAUGCGCGUCCCUCAAGGAAAAAGACACUGUCAGUGCCAGAUUUUUCACAUGAAGCAAGAAAAAAAAAUUCUCCCAUCUCGCUUCUUAGGCCCCGUUUGGAAUGAAGGAAUUUUGCAGGAAUUUCGUAGUAAUGGAAUCCUAUAGGAAAUUUUUUCUAUGUGCCCUUUGGAUUGUAGGAUUAGCUUUGAAAAUUCCUAUAGGAAUUUUUCCUUUACUUUAUACUAUUUUUUUAGGAUUCUAAAUACUUGCUCAAACCUCAUUUUUUCACUUCCUUUGAGAAGUCCAAUGCAACAUGUGUCUUUAUCUCUCCUUUUCUGUCUCUUCUAAAGAAACAAUUUCUGCAAAAUUCCUGUGGAGCAUCCAAACAACUAUGUUGUAUAAUUCCUGCAAUUUAGAAUCAUGUAGGAAUCUACAAGUCAUGACUUGCAAUUCCUGCACUUUUCCCCGUCCUAUGUUUACGGGGCCUUAUUAAGCAUGCAUGGGAUCUUAGGAAGGGAUCAACCAGCAAAGCAGAAGCACUUCACCCUACGUUUGCGAGGAAGAAAAUUAGUUUAGGCACGAGGGUCGAGAAAGGUUAAAGUUAUACUGUGUGCUUUGAUUAUUGUGUUAAUCUGGAGACAACAGGGAAUUAAUCUACCUAACCCAAGUCUGCACGUAAUCAAUCUGAUGGAUCAAACAAUAUACCAAAGGUCCGAAGCCAACUUCACACUCCAUCUUAGCUAGCCUAAAUUCUUUUGCGCCCAUGAAUCUUGCUGCCCCACACCAUGCAUCCACGCCGCUCUCUGACUCUGAACCCGGUACAAUCUUCUCGACUAAGUCAUUCGCUGGAUCGCACGCGAGGUUAAUCUGGCAACGAUAUAUUAGUACAUCUGGGUCGCGUAGCCCCUGUACGCACCUUCUCUAGUUCAGUGCUUACAGUACAGGUUGGUGACCGCGAGCUUGAUCCGUCUGGAUUAGUUGAUGGAUCGCCGCCAUCACUCCAUCCAGCUCAGUGCGGGUCCUGGCGAUGACGGCCUGAUGAGCUCCGAGCUGUACCUUGCCGUGUGCGGAGGCAAAAAGGAGGAAGCCAUGGCGCUGCUUCUGCAACUAAACUCUGGUAAGGCUGCUCGUUCCUUACACACAGUUGAGAGUAUACACCAGGUCAGCGCAGAGAGGAACAAUGUUUUUCAUUUAGCUGCAGAUCAAGGGCAUGACGAGCUGAUCCGGAAGCUCUACGCCAGCUUCGGGGACAAGAGCUUACUCUCUUCCCCCAACUCGGCUCUGGACACGCCGCUGCACUGUGCGGCGAGGGCUGGCCAUGAGAUGGCUGUGUCUCUCCUCGUCCAGCUCGCUAUGGACACUGGAGACCAGAGCAUCUUGUGCUGCAAGAACGAGGCUGGGGACACGGCCCUGCAUCUAGCAGCAAGGCUCGGCCAUGGCACAGCAGUUGAGGCUAUGGUCUCCACAGCGCCAGGGCUGGCCUCUGAGGUUAACAACGCCGGCUUGUCGCCGCUGUACUUGGCAGUGAUGAGCAAGUCGGCACCCGCCGUCAGGGCAAUAACGACCAGAUGCAGCGACGCGUCGGCUGCUGGUCCGAGCUCGCAGAAUGCUCUGCACGCUGCAGUCUUCCAGGGCUCAGAAAUGGUCAGCCUACUACUGGAUUGGAAGCCAUCUGGCCCAUCCCUGGCAAGCAAAGCUGAUGGCACUGGCAGCACUCCGCUCCAUUUCGCUUCGUCUGACGGUGACCGCUCCGUCGUAUGUGCCAUCCUGCGGGUCGCGCCGCACGCUGUGCGCAUGCGGGACUCAGGCGGCCUCUCCGCUCUCCACGUGGCGGCGGGAAUGGGCCAUGCCCAUGUGGCUGAGGCGCUGAUGAAGGCCUGCCCCGAUGCCGCCGAGCUCCGGGACGACCGCGGCGGGACCUUCUUGCACGCCGCUGCCAGGGGAGGCCACACCAGGGUCGUGUCGCUUGCCAUGAAGAAGCCGACGCCCCGCAGCCUCCUCAACACGCAUGAUGAGGAUGGCAAUACGCCGCUCCACCUCGCGGUGGCCGCAUGCGCGCCCAGCGCCGUGGAGGCCUUGAUGUGGCGUGGUGAAUUGUGUGCCGACGUCAUGAACAACGAAGGCCAGACGCCGUUGGAUCUCGCAGCUAGAUCGACCAGUUUCUUCUCCAUGUUGGCCUUGGUGGUGACGCUGGCCACGUUCGGAGCACAAUCUCGCCCUCAGAGGCGGGACCAUGUAGAGCAAUGGAGGGGCCGCGACAUAGCACAAGGGAUUGAGAAGAUGUCCGACAGCCUCGCAGUGGUCGGCGUGCUCAUCGCCACUGUGACCUUCACCGCCGCCAACAACGUGCCGGGUUCCUAUGAGCAAGCUGAUGACACGGCACCCGACAAGAGGGUCUUCAAGGGCAUGGCGGUGCUACAGGAGAAGAUCCUCUUCCAAUUCUUCCUGAUCCUUGACAGCUUUGCCCUGGUCACCUCCGUGCUCGCGGUGGUCCUUCUCGUCUUCGGGAAGGCGUCGCGCUCUGCGGGGUCGUGGAAGAGCUUCGCGGCGGCGCUGCACUGCAUAUGGGUGUCGCUGGUCAGCAUGUUCAUUGCCUUCUACGCAGCUCUCGCUGCAGUGACAAGCACGGAGGCGCUCUACCGCAUCAUCUACCACGUCAUAUACAUCGGCUUCGCCCUACUAUACGGCACGGUCGUAACUUUGAUCGUGCCGGUGUCGGCCUGCACACUUUGGAAGGCUCUCUGGUGCACCGUCGUGAAAGGAAGGCACAACGUCCUCGGGAGGCGUCUCAAGCAGCAGUAUCCAGUCGCCCGUGCUUACGCACCCCACCUGAUUCUUUUCAUGGCAACAAAUUACGUAGCGAUUGCCGGUUUCGUCGCAGUCUCUAUCUUGAGUGAACAAGCCGCCAGAGAGGCGAGGCAUCCUGGGGCACCUGCGCCGGCGCCUUCCUCUGCUCUCCUCUCCUAGGAGCAGCAUCCAAAUUAGAAAAGUAUACUACUGGGUGCUAAAAUAAAACCAGGUUAGUAAUUUGGUACUACUUAAUUCAGAAUCUUUCUCACAGCUGGUAGAAGGUUUGUGGCACAUGGAGCGUAUCCAAGAAGCUGCCGGAGUUUUCAAAUAUCACUGCAAAAGAGGUUACAGCCUUACCAGCGAGGCGCUUUGAUAUACCAAUUCAAGGGGGUUGUAUGGCUGGAAUGAUCCGUGACCCGAUCAGAAUGCGUUCACUAGCUGUUUUCACCGGCACUUGUUGUACAUUUUCCACUUAAAACACAAUUAUCCAAUAUCCAUGCACCACUCCGUUUGAAGAAGGAUAAGGAUAUGUCGCUUCUCCUUGCACAGAUGCUGAUGGAACGGUGUCUAUUGAACAGCUAUGCAUACAAUGUUCUUUUCUGUUGUUUCCUCGCCAAGGAGACAAUUCUUCAUGCUGCUCUGUUGUUCAACAAAAUGGUAGAUUAUGGCUUUGUUUCUGACCAAGAGACAUCUGAACUGUUAGUCCUUGACAUGCCCAUAUUUUCGUUACUCCGCAGGAUUUCGGGAAGUUUACUAAAAAUGGUAAAUAUAGAUGGAAUGACAAGCCCUAGAAUUUAUAACAUUAUCAUUUAUGGCCUCAUCAAAGAAGCCUUUAAGAGUGAGGCGUGUAAGUUUCUAGAUGAAAUGCUAGACAAGGGAUGGGUGCCUGAUUCAAAGACACAUCUUGUGUUGGUUGCACCAUUGAUGGAGAAGAGGCUACAUGAGUUGACAAUGCCUUCCAAACAGCUGAUGCUGACACUGUGAGCAACAUACUGUUGGAGGGGCUAGAAUGAGAGUUUGGAAUGAAAAAAAAUAUUUUCUCCA